AAAGUGUGUGGAGUGUUGCUACAGUUUGAAUCACAAAGGAUCUCACAUUAUAAGAGUGAAACACAUGCUCGAAAUGUUAGAUUUUAUUUUCAAAUGCAUGAGAAACAGUUUAAAGAGCCAGAUAAGGAUAUGAAGAUGCAUCCUAAUUGUUUUCAGGUGCAUAGGAGUGAAGUAGUGGACAGAAAAAAAUUUUGCGACGUCUGCAACAUUGUUUUCAGCUGUCCAGUUGUUGCUCAUUCUCACUAUAUGGGAGGAGUCCAUGAUAAAAACCUGAAGCAAUUAUUUGAAAAACACAAGCAGAUAUCACCAUUAGGAUUCCAACCAGAAACAGCAUUUAAUAUGAGAACCUACAUUUGCCGUAUUUGCAGUAUUACCUUUACAUCGUCAGAAAUGUUCCGGUCUCAUAUGCAAGGAAAUGACCAUCAGAUUAAAGAAACCCUUGUUAUCAAUCUAGUGAAGAACUCAAAGACUCAAGAGUAUUUCCAAGAUGAAUGUGAAGAUUUCAUAAACAUUCAGAAAGCUGGAGAAUUACCACCUAACAGUUCUUUCAGAAAGAUUGAAGAGAGUUCCUUAGAAACAUGUGGGUACAGAGCGGUGAUUGAUAUUGGGCCUAGCCGUAGGGAGUGUGAGCAAAGAUUCCCAUAUGAGACUUUCCAGAAAUGCCCAGGACCGUAUAUUUCACAAGCAGCAGAAAACCAGUUGCGUCAUUAUUUGCCAGCUCAUUCACAGAAGAGAUAUGACUCUUUCCAAGAUGAACUUGAAGAUUAUGUUAAAUUGCCGAAAUCCAGAGGACUAGGGUCAAAAACUUAUUUCCAAAAGAUGGAAGAUAAUUUUAUGGAAACCCAGGGGUAUAGAGAAGUGGUUGAUUUUGGACCUACUCAUAGAAUGUUUGAACAGAGUUUUUCAUCUGAGACUUUCCAAUCCUACCAAGGACCAUACAACAUUUCACCAGGAGAAAGCCAGUUAUCGUUUAGGUUACCAGCUCCUUCAAAGAGGACAUAUGACUCUUUCCAAGAUGAACUUGAAGAUUAUAUUAAAGAGCAGAAAGCUAGAGGUCUAGAACCAAAGACUUGUUUCAGAAAGACAGAAAAUAGCUCUCUGGAAACUCAUGAGUACAGAGAAUUGGCUGAUUUAAAACCUAGACAAAGAAUGUUUGGGCUAAGAUCCCCUACUAAAACUUUCCAGAUUUACCCAGGAUCAUAUAAAGUUUCACAAAUAGUGGAAAACCAGUUACUUCAUUGCUUACCAGCUCAUGACAACAAACAGAAACUAGACUCUUUAAACAAUUAUCAACUCAACAGAGACUAUUUCUUAGAAAAACCAGUACCCCUUAGCCUUAGUCAACAAGAAAGUAACUCUGGCCCAUAUAGUGUAGAAUCUGAAGUUUACAAAGUCCACUCCUCAAAAACCAAUACUAGUGACCAAAACGCAAGUCACAAGCAGAGACAUCAGAAGAGAAAGUGGCAUCUGGAAGGAGAAGGAAAGGCAGGGAAGGAGCAGUCUAAACAUAAAAGGAAAAAAAUUUAUGAGAAUGUAGAUUUAGAUGAAGACAAGAGCAUCCAACAAAUGGAAAGAAAGAUGGAUGAAAUUAGUGUCAGUACAGGAAAGGUUAUUAAGCAUCGGAAGAAGAAAAAAAAUCGUGAAGUAGCCUCUAAGAAAGAACGUAAGCAUAGAAAAGGGAAAAAGAAAUAUAUUGAAGAAAAGACAGAAGAGGAAAUGCUUUGGGAUGAGUCUAUUCUUGGGUGUUAA